AUGGUCAACCACAUCUCCCUUAGUCACUCACAGCCAUCUAUCACUAUCCCGUCCCUCGAAGCUCCAAGCGCGCCUCCCAACCGCCCACCAGGGGGCCCCACACGCCGCUCUUCCUGCCCUGGCUGUCUGGGCCUUUGCUUCCCUACUGGCUCAGAUGGCAGCUCGGUCAUCGCUCCGCCGGUGCUCCUAAGGGGUGCUUUCUCCGUGGUCCGCAGGUGUGUGAAGAAAACCUCCACACAGGAGUAUGCAGCAAAAAUCAUCAAUACCAAGAAGUUGUCUGCCCGGGAUCACCAGAAACUAGAACGUGAAGCUCGAAUAUGCCGACUUUUGAAACAUCCAAACAUUGUGCGCCUCCAUGACAGUAUUUCUGAAGAAGGGUUUCACUACCUGGUGUUUGACCUUGUUACUGGCGGAGAGCUGUUUGAAGACAUUGUGGCUAGAGAGUACUACAGUGAAGCUGAUGCCAGCCACUGUAUACAUCAGAUUCUGGAGAGUGUUAACCACAUCCACCAGCAUGAUAUUGUCCACCGGGACCUGAAGCCAGAGAACCUGCUGCUGGCGAGUAAAUGCAAGGGUGCCGCUGUCAAGCUGGCUGAUUUUGGACUGGCCAUCGAAGUGCAGGGAGAGCAGCAGGCUUGGUUUGGUUUUGCUGGCACCCCAGGUUACUUGUCCCCUGAGGUCUUGAGGAAAGAUCCGUAUGGAAAACCAGUGGAUAUCUGGGCCUGCGGGGUCAUCCUGUAUAUCCUCCUGGUGGGAUACCCUCCCUUUUGGGACGAGGAUCAACACAAGCUAUAUCAGCAGAUCAAGGCUGGAGCCUAUGAUUUUCCAUCACCAGAGUGGGACACGGUGACUCCUGAAGCCAAGAACUUGAUCAACCAGAUGCUUACCAUAAACCCAGCAAAGCGUAUCACAGCUGACCAGGCUCUCAAACACCCGUGGGUCUGCCAACGAUCCACGGUGGCGUCCAUGAUGCAUCGUCAGGAGACUGUGGAGUGUUUGCGCAAGUUCAAUGCCCGAAGGAAACUGAAGGGUGCCAUCCUCACGACCAUGCUUGUCUCCAGGAAUUUUUCAGUUGGCAGGCAGAGCUCCGCCCCCGCCUCGCCUGCCGCGAGCGCCGCCGGCCUGGCCGGGCAAGCUGCCAAAAGCCUAUUGAACAAGAAGUCAGAUGGCGGUGUCAAGAAAAGGAAGUCGAGUUCCAGCGUGCACCUAAUGGAGCCACAGACCACCGUAGUGCACAACGCUACAGAUGGGAUCAAGGGCUCCACAGAGAGCUGCAACACUACCACGGAAGAUGAAGACCUUAAAGUGCGAAAACAGGAGAUCAUUAAGAUCACAGAACAGCUGAUUGAGGCCAUCAACAAUGGGGACUUUGAGGCCUACACAAAGAUUUGUGAUCCUGGUCUCACUUCCUUUGAGCCCGAGGCCCUUGGCAACCUGGUGGAAGGGAUGGAUUUCCAUAAGUUUUACUUUGAGAAUCUCCUCUCCAAGAACAGCAAGCCCAUCCAUACCACCAUCCUGAACCCGCACGUUCACGUAAUCGGGGAGGAUGCUGCUUGCAUCGCCUACAUCCGCCUCACCCAGUACAUCGAUGGGCAGGGCCGGCCUCGCACCAGCCAGUCGGAGGAGACUCGGGUCUGGCACCGCCGGGAUGGCAAGUGGCUCAAUGUCCACUAUCACUGCUCAGGGGCCCCUGCCGCACCGCUGCAGUGAGCUCAGCCACAGGGGCAUUAGGAGAUCCCAGCUGGAGGUCGAACCUUCGCAGCCAGUGGCUCUGGAGGGCCUGAGUGACAGCGGCAGUCCUGUUCGUUUGAGGUUUAAAACAAUUAAAUUACAAAGCGGCAGCAGCCAAUGCACGCCCCUGCAUGCAGCCCUCCCGCCCGCCCUUCGUGUCUGUCUCUGCUGUACCGAGGUGUUUUUUACAUUUAAGAAAAAAAAAAGAAAAAAGAUUGUUUAAAAAAAAAUGGAAUCCGUACCAUGAUGCGUUUUAAAACCACCGAUAGCCCUUGGGCUGGCAUGAAGGCAGGAGUUUGUGUGACGCCUACCCUGGCAUGAGCACUGGGCUUACCCACCAGCCCAGAAGAGGAGCUCAGCCUCUGGCCCCUAAGGACUCAGGGGGACCAGGCAAGAACUCUGACAGAGCUUCGGGGCCAUGAUGUGAUUUCAUCCCUGGAAGGGGCCUGCCUGCUCCAGGUGUGGGAAUGGACUUCUUCAGAACUUGCAUGGGUGCCUAGAACGAGGCUGAUGAGAACAUCGUGGCUGUCAGACCUGCGUGGGAGAGAACGCAGAGCUCCCAGCCUGCUAUGGAGGCAGCUGAGAUGCAGUGGCCUCAGGACUGAGGGCCCGGACGUUUGCUGUACUGUUCCAUGUAGUGUACAAGGGAAGAGAAUUGGUGCUGCAGAAGUGUGUUUGAGACAAAGCCAAUGAGAAACCUCGUGUUAGUCUGACAUGCUCACUUACUCAUCCAUUUCUAUAGGAUGCACAAUGCACGUGGGCCGUGAUAUUGAGGCCUGAACCCUUGCAGGGAAGGGGGAGGGGUUGCCGCUUUGCUUCCUGUUUGUUUUCUUAUAACUUAGCAAGGAAAGAGCCAGGCCCUGGCCGGGUGUCUCCUUGCCACGUUUGGCAGUUCUGUUUCUGUGCUGACUUGGACCAUCUUUGUCUUGCCUUUUCAUGAUGGUGGUCCCAGUACUGAUUCUCAUUUGGACCUGGGCCCUCUGCCAAGUGCCCCUGUGGGUUAGGAAGAGUGAGGCAGUGGGAUUAGAGGUGGCAGUUGUUUCUAUGCAUUCAGGCUGCCCUCAGGGCCUGCCUCCCUUUUACUCUUCCCUUGCUGCACGUCCAUCUCCGUUCCUGUCUGAGAUUGACCUGACUACUCUAUCAAGAAGAACAGGUGUCCUCUUUAAAGAGGCCUCUUUACUGACCAACUAAAGCAUAGACUUAAUGCUGGACAAUCUGCAUGGGCAUCACCCCACUCCUACUUGCAUGUCCUCAAAAGAGGUGUCCAGAGCCAUGGCCCCUACAUUCAUUGCCCCUCUCUGUGCUCAAAGAGUUCCAUUCCAAGAGAGAAAGAUCUGUGCUCUAAGCAGAUAGCAGAGAAGAGAAUGGAGGAGCAAUUGGUCAUGGCUUUGGUUUCCCCAAAUCAGCUGUUCAAAGUUGUCUGCACAAAUAUCUGCACUUUGGGGGAAAAGGUAGGUAGACCCCAGCUCCCUGGACUACCUCCAGGAGGUACAGGAACAGGGGGAAGAGGCAAAGCUACGGGUUUACCUUGGAGCCAGCUGAGACCAGAGCAGACUCACAGACGCUGGUGCUUGGAUUUGGCCAGGCUUCUCCGAGCACCUCAUGCAUGCCCCAGCCCCUGGGCCCUGUCCCUUUCCUGCUCAGCAGCCUGCAGUGCCAGCACGCAGACACCUUCACCACCAAGUUUGGUUUUGCUGGCUUGAAGACGAAUGGUCUUAGAGUUCAUUGAGACCCAUAGCUUCAUAUGGCUGCUCCAGCCCCACUUCUCCUUAGCAUUCUUCCUCCUCUUCUGGGGCUAAUGUCAGCAUCUAUAGACAAUAGACUACUUAAAAAAAAAAAAAAAUCACCUUUUAAACAGGAAAUGGGAGGCAUUUGAUGCAGAAUUUUUGCAUGAUGACAUAGAAAUAAUUUAAAAAUAGUGUUUGUUCUGAAUGUUGGUAGACCCUUCAUAGCUUUGUUACAAUGAAACCUUGAACUGAAGAUAUUUAAUAAAAUAACCUUUAAACAGUC